UCUCCAACUUCUCUGCCCUUGUCUGUCUGCGCUUGCGCCUGCUCCCUCUCGUCCGAUUCCUAUUCUCUCCCUUUCUAUCCAUCCCGACUGUCGCUCGCCGUCUGGUGCGCUUCUCGUUUUGUUCCGUUUGCUUCCCCGGCUGGCAUCAUGGCAGAUUACAACUACGGAGGCUCCGAAGAGGAGAAUGCGGAGCUGAGAAAGCUGGAGGCUGAACUGCUCGAUGACCCCGAUAACUUCGAGACCUGGGAACGACUGGUUCGCGGUGCCGAGGCCCUCGAAGGAGGAAUCAAUCGCAACUCCAACCCUCAGGCUAUCACCACCGUACGAAAUGUCUACGACCGGUUCUUGGCCAAAUUUCCCUUGCUGUUUGGAUACUGGAAGAAGUAUGCCGAUUUGGAAUUUUCCAUCACUGGCACGGAAGCAGCAGACAUGGUCUAUGAACGUGGUGUCGCUAGCAUUUCGCCUUCGGUCGACCUUUGGACCAACUACUGCUCUUUCAAGGCAGAGACUUCCCAUGAUGCUGACAUCAUUCGAGAGCUUUUUGAACGAGGUGCGACCAGCGUGGGUCUGGAUUUCCUGGCCCAUCCGUUCUGGGACAAGUAUAUUGAAUUCGAGGAGAGGGUUGAAUCCCCCGAAAAGAUCUUCGGCAUCCUGAGCCGAGUGAUCCAUAUCCCCAUGCAUCAAUAUGCCCGAUACUUCGAGCGGUUCAGACAGCUCGCCCAGGCCCGGCCCUUGGUGGAACUGGCUCCCCCAGAGACUCUGUCCCAAUUCCGGGCCGAAUUGGAUGCUGCCGCUGGAAACGUGGCUCCCGGCGCAAAGGCGGAGGCCGAAGUCGAACGGGACCUCCGGCUGCGCGUCGACGCGUACCACCUUGAAAUAUUCCACAAGACGCAGACCGAGACCACCAAACGGUGGACAUAUGAGUCGGAGAUCAAGCGCCCAUACUUCCACGUGACCGAGCUGGAUGAAGGCCAACUCUCCAACUGGAGGAAAUAUCUCGACUUUGAGGAGACCGAGGGCUCCUACUCGCGAACCCAAUUCCUGUAUGAGAGAUGUCUUGUUACCUGCGCGCACUACGAUGAGUUCUGGCAACGCUACGCUCGCUGGAUGGCCGCCCAGCCUGGCAAGGAAGAAGAAGUGCGCUGCAUCUACCAACGUGCAAGCUACCUCUAUGUGCCCAUUGCCAACCCGGCGACUCGCCUGCAAUAUGCGUAUUUCGAAGAAAUGUCAGGACGAGUGGAUGUGGCCAAGGACAUCCAUGAGGCGAUCCUUUUCAACAUUCCCAACCACGUCGAGACCAUUGUGUCUUUGGCCAACAUGUCUCGCCGCCACGGUGGUUUGGAAGCCGCCAUCGAGGUGUAUAAGACGCAGCUGGAUUCGCCGGAGUGCGAUUUGGCCACGAAGGCGGCUCUCGUCGCUGAAUGGGCUCGUCUGUUGUGGAAGAUCAAGGGUUCCGCCGAAGAUGCCCGACAAGUGUACCACACCAACCAGCAAUACUACCUCGACAGUGGAGCUUUCUGGACGAGCUACCUGGUGUUCGAGCUGGAGCAGCCCACGAGCUCUGCCACGGAGAAUGUCCAGUACGAGCGCAUCAAGCAGGUUGUUGAUGACGUCCGCUCCAAGAGCAGCCUGGGUGCCGACGUGGUGAAAGAGCUCGUCCAAACCUACAUGGUCUACCUGCUUGAACGAGGUACCAAGGAUGCAGCCAAGGAGUACAUGACUCUGGAUCGUGAGGUCCACGGCCCCGCCUCUGUAGCUCAGACCAAGACCGGCGCCGCGGCCGAGGCUGCUAAGCAGCAGGCCGACGCUGCCGCGGCUGCAGCAACACCCCUGGUUGUCCCCACGACCGCUGCGACUCCUCAACCCAACCCGUAUGCUUAUUACCAGGAGACCCCCGUCAACGGCAGUGACCCGUCCAGGCCUCCUCCUCCCGAGCCCUUCGAACGCCCUCCCACUCCCCCUCCGCCUCCUCCAGAAGAUUCCGCCGCCCCUCCUCCGCCCCCGGACGUGUCCGCGCCUCCACCACCGCCCGAAGACCUCCCUCCUGCUCCACCCCCAGAGAUCCCCAAGAAGAAGAAGGUCGGAUGGGGAGGUACGAAGCGCCCGGCUGCCACGCCACUGAGUGUGGAAGAGUUGGUGCGGAAGAAGCGAGAGGCAGAUGCUGCAGCUGCGAAGCCUAAAUUCCUCUCCAGAGCCGAACGCGAACGCCUCGCACUGGAAAAACGCACCAAGGAAGUCGAGGCCACUCGCAAACAAGCCGAUCGAGCACCCAACGGAACAGACCACAGCGGCACGCAUUCUCCCUCGAUAGCCUCCGAUGGCCCCAACGGUGACUCGAGGUUCAUCCCCACCGGUCCCCGGGCGAUGCGCAAGGCUGAUGUACCGACGGGCCCGGCUGCCAUGCGGGGAUCUUCGCACGCGCAAAGCAAAAACACCGAUAUGCCGCCGCCGAAGAAGGGCGCGCCCCGGCCCGUGGACGAGGAAGAGGCCGCUGCGCAGGCGGCAUUGGUGAAGCAGAGAUACAUGGGAGCGGAUCAAACAUCCAAUUUCUCGGCGAAGAAGAAGCGCAAGAGAACUACGGAUCGGAAGUUCAAUUUCGAGUGGAAUGCGGAAGAGGAUACGAGUGGCGACUACAACCCGUUGUAUCAGCAUCGGCAUGAGGCGAAGUUCUUCGGCCGUGGUCGUCUGGCAGGCUACGGCGACGAUGUCGCGGAGCAGAUGGCGAAGAAGUAUGCGCGGGCACUGGAGGAUCAGGACCGCGAGGCCGGUGGCAUGCGUGCGCGCGAGAUCAUGGAGAUGGAGCGACGGCGGAGAGAAGAGGGUGCUCGGAACCAGCUGGACAAGCACUGGAGCGAGAAGAAGCUGGAACACAUGCGCGAGCGAGACUGGCGUAUCUUCAAGGAAGAUUUCAACAUCGCCACGAAGGGUGGCAGCGUACCCAACCCUAUGCGGUCAUGGGAUGAAUCGAAUCUGCCUAAUCGCUUGAUGGAACUGGUCAACCGGGUCGGCUACAAGGAACCCACGCCCAUCCAGCGCGCCGCUAUCCCGAUCGCCAUGCAAUCUCGAGAUCUCAUUGGUGUCGCCGUCACUGGUUCCGGUAAGACGGCCGCCUUCCUUCUCCCUCUCCUGGUGUAUAUCGCCGAACUCCCGCGCAUCGACGAGUUCGAAUGGCGCAAAAACGACGGACCCUACGCCAUUGUACUGGCACCCACGCGUGAAUUGGCGCAGCAGAUCGAAAUCGAAGCCAAGAAGUUCACGCAACCGCUCGGCUUCAACGUCGUCAGUAUCGUCGGAGGUCACUCCUUCGAAGAGCAAGCGUACAGUCUGCGCGACGGCGCGGAAAUCAUCAUCGCCACGCCCGGUCGUCUCGUCGACUGCAUCGAGCGUCGCAUGCUCGUCCUCAGCCAAUGCUGCUACGUCAUCAUGGAUGAAGCCGACCGCAUGAUCGAUCUCGGUUUCGAAGAACCAGUGAACAAGAUCCUCGACGCCCUCCCCGUCACCAACGAAAAGCCCGACACCGACGAGGCUGAGAACUCUCUCGCCAUGAGCCAACACCUCGGCGGCAAGGACCGCUACCGCCAAACGAUGAUGUACACAGCCACCAUGCCCACGGCCGUCGAGCGCAUCGCCCGCAAAUACCUUCGCCGGCCCGCCAUCGUCACCAUCGGUAGCGCUGGCGAGGCCGUCGAUACGGUCGAGCAGCGCGUCGAGAUGGUCGCCGGCGAAGACAAGCGCAAGAAGCGCCUCGGCGACAUCCUCUCGUCCGGCGAGUUCCGCGCCCCCAUCAUCGUCUUCGUCAACAUCAAGCGAAACUGUGACGCUAUCGCCCGCGAGAUCAAGCAGAUGGGCUUCUCCUCCGUCACCCUGCACGGUAGCAAGACGCAGGAGCAGCGUGAAGCCGCCCUGGCCUCCGUGCGCAACGGCUCCACCGACGUCCUCGUCGCCACCGACCUGGCCGGUCGUGGUAUCGAUGUUCCGGACGUGUCUCUGGUCCUGAACUUCAACAUGGCCACCUCCAUCGAAAGCUAUACCCAUCGUAUCGGUCGUACCGGUCGUGCCGGAAAGAGUGGUGUCGCUAUCACUUUCUUAGGUAACGAAGAUUCUGAUGUCAUGUACGACCUCAAACAAAUGCUCAUCAAAUCCCCCAUCUCGCGCGUCCCGGAAGAACUCCGCAAACACGAAGCCGCGCAAUCCAAGCCGACCCGCGGAAUGGCUCGCAGAGGCGGCGGCGGUGGCGGUGGCGGCGACGAGAACUCCGGGUUUGGAGGGAAAGGUGGAUGGUAGAUUCGUUCAGCCUGGUUUUAUUUGAUCUCUUAUGGCUAGAUUAGAUGCAUUAAGGCAGCUAACCUCGGCUCGGAUCAGUUCCGGCCGGUAAAGUCUGGCCUGCCUUACUUGCUACUUGGAGAUGAUAUCUACUACCUACUACCUCCUACCUACUAUUUACUACUUACCUACCUGCCUAGUUAUGACUAGUGGAUAUAACACAAUUAGCUACGUGGUUUAUUUCCUUGUUAUCUGAUCUAGCAGUCCAAUUUGCGUCCUCGGUUUCUAUACUAGGGUUGUUUUGGUUAUCAAGGCUCGGAACUAGACCCCCGAUCACGUUGCUUUCUGACGGAUCAAUAUCACGCUUUGUGAAACUCAUUCAGUCAGUCAAGGACUUGUCGGUGGAUCUUUAGUGCCUCCUCCCGACUAGCCCGGUUUAUGAAAC